AUGCACAUCUACAAGCCAGACUGGGUCUGCCACCUUGAUGAGAAGGGAAAGCGAGUACCAAUAUACUCCCUCCACGUGCACCCAGACGGAACGCGACUUGCCACUGGUGCCCAAGAUGGCAAGGUCAAGAUCUGGAACAUGAAGACUCUUGCCGACCCAAUCAUCGAUGCUACAACGGAGCCCUCCAAGCAUCUUUGCACUAUGUCAGUGCACAACGGAGCGGUGCUAUGUGUCAAAUGGUCGAGCGAAGACGGGAAAUAUUUGGCGACGGGAUCGGACGAUAUGAUUGUGAUGAUCUGGCAGUUGGACAGGCAAGUCAAUGUCGUGGAAUUUUACGAGACGUUGUCGUCGUCAGAGUCAUGGGGCGGUGCGACCUUUGGCAACAAUGAUGGACCCAAUGUUGAAACCUGGCGUGGAUACAAGCGUCUCUCAGGACAUGAAUCAGAUGUAACGGACGUGUCAUGGUCACCAGACAACAAAUAUUUGGCUUCGGCUGGACUGGAUUCAAAGAUUAUCAUCUGGGAUGGAAAGUCAUUUGAUCGCAUCAUCACCUUGGACAAGCACAGUGGAUUUGUAAAGGGAUUGACAUGGGAUCCUGUCGGAAAAUACAUGGCCUCCCAGUCGGAUGACAAAACAGUCAGGAUAUGGAGAAUCAGCGACUGGCAGGUGGAGGUGCUUAUAGAGAAGCCAUACCAGGACUCUACAGGAACGACAUUUUUCAGACGCCUGAGUUGGUCUCCUGAGGGCGGUCAUAUUGUCACAGCGAACGCGUUUAGCAACGACAAACCAGUGGCAGCUGUCAUUUCGCGUGAUAAUUGGAACGCAGACAUUUCCCUUGUUGGCCACGACGCGCCCGUCGAGGUAGUCUCGUUCAACCCACUGCUUUACAGAUACAUUGAUGCCAAGGGCAACAGUGGUCUGACAUCUAUUGUCGCUGUUGGCAGCCAGGAUCGAGGACUAACAGUUUGGAAGACGAGCGAUCCUCGGCCAUUUGUGGGCAUCAAGGAGUUGUUUGAGCACAGUUUCUUGGACAUGUGCUGGACUCCUGACGGGAAGACACUCUUGGCCUGCUCCUAUGAUGGCGGCGUAAUCGUUCUCAUCUUCCCGCCUGGUGCUCUGGGCGAGGCCGUCCCUGUGGAGGAAAGACACCGGAUGCUGGCAAAGUAUGGAUACGAGCGACGAGGAGCCGUCAUGGCAGAGACAGCCCUUCAGCUGCAGAUGGAGGAGAAGCUCAAGGACAGCACAGCACAAUCACGCAUGGACGCUCUGAUGUUGCCCGACGUGUCUAUGGAAGGCGUCACCUCAACAUUUGAUAAGCCGUCCGAUCCCAGUGUAUUCGCAGACCCGAUCUCUUCUCAAACUCCCGCACUUUCUUCCAUCGCCACUGCAGCUCAGCCUUCAUCACCUUCAACAGCUCAACCACGGCCACCGCAAGUCAACCUGGUGGCAAGUCAACAGGAAGUCACCAUCACGAAAGACGGCAAGAAACGCAUUAAGCCUCUUUUCCUUGGCAACGGUAUGGGUAUGGGCAUGGCGCCAUCGCAGCCCUCGGCCCGACUCCAAAUUCAGUCACCUGGCGGAUAUGGAUCUGUGGUCAGCGCUACGGAUCGGGUUGAGCGAGGCGAACCUUCAACAUCGAUCCCGGAAGGAGGCUUCCCAACAGUUGUCGUCGGGACCAAACGCAAGGAUGCGCCCACUAAUGGCAACGCACCGUCAGAAGCACCAACAAAACGAGGGCCGGAGAAUGGUGUCAAGGGCAAGACCGUAACACAAAAGGAGGAAGAGGUGGCACCCAGGAACGCAGUUUCAUCGCCACUACUUGCCGUCUCCCGAGUCAGAUUAGGAGUUCCACGAGUUCGCGCCAAUAUCACGCGGAACCGAGCUGGUCUGGAAUGUCACAACAGUGUAACGGGAGCCAAGCCAAACAAGGUCAUCUACAGUCAAAAGGGAUCCCCUGUAUGGGUCGAUUAUCUGCCCUCGCCGGUGCUGCUCAUGACAGGAAACUCACAGUUCAGUGCGGUGACUUGCGAAGAUGGAGGACUCUACAUCUAUUCACCAUCGGGAAGGAGAUUGAUGCCGUGUAUCCAAUUGGAGGCGGCUGCGACACUUUUGGAGUGCGACAGCGAAUAUUUGCUGUGUGUCACAUCGUGCGGUCUUGUCAGCACAUGGAAUGUCAUUCAGCAAGUGGCGGUUCUCUCGUCCGUCUCGAUUUCGCCCCUUUUGCAACCCACAGCCCAUGCAGCGGAUGCCGCGUCAAGUUCAGUGUCAAUCACAUCAGCAACAGUACGCCAAAACGGACUUCCUUUGCUCACAACAUCAGCAGGACAUGGAUACACCUAUCACGAGGGAAUGAAGGUCUGGGUCAAGGUGGUGGACCCCUGGUUCGCAAAGUCAUCCUUCUUCUCGGAUCCUCCACGGGAUGCAUCUGGCGAUUUUGGUUCAUUUGUCUCACAUCGGAAAGGUGUGCUUGCUCAAUUGCAGUCGGCAGCCAUGGCUGGGCGACUGGAGAAGGAUGUGAGCUUUGCACAAGGAUUACUGACCGUGGACGAUACUGUACAAAGUGCAGUGACCUUGACAUAUCUCGAGAGGAUUGUGAAGGAAUAUCAGUCAGGUCUGGACAUGGUCACUAGGCCGGCGCUGGACAAGCCCAAGGAAACUUGA